UUCACGAGGUGGGGGACCCGACGGGAAAGAUGGCCGUCGCGGAACAUAUGACAAAGAACGGCGGGCUCCUGUCGCGACCGACGACGGCGACAUCCUCGCGACGACGACGACGUGGAGUACGCGUCCCGCGGCACCGCUGAUCGCCGUCGUUAACCGCCACCCGCCGGCGGCCGCGUCGUCGCGUCGCGUCGCGCCGCGUCACGUCACGUCACGUCGCCUCGCGUCGCGUCGCGUCGCGUCGCGUCGCGGCGUCCGCGUCCCUCCCGUGUCGUGCGGCGACGGAGGAGCAGGAGCGAGCGAACGGGAAGUGGAGAGUUCCGCGCGGGUGUUUCGGCGCGGGUAACGCGAGGUACGAGAGUCAAGAUCGUGGACGAGGAUCGACGUCGUCGUCGCGUCCACCGUGUGCGCUGUGUGCCGGCUCCGUGUGCUGCAGCAGCCACCACCAUCACCACCGUCGACGCCGUCGCCGACGUCGCUGUCACUGCUGACGCCGCCGCCGCCACCGCCGUCGACGCCGUCGUGUCCGUGGUCGCGACAGUGGUGAUAUAGUAGAGCGGCGCAGCGGGGGAGCCAUGACUACGCGUGGAGAAUGGGCUCGAUCGCGUCGGUGCUGCAAUGGCAUUGCUCGGAGUGCGCCCUGAUAAAUCCGACGGAGAGCGCGAGAUGCGCCAGGUGCGGGCUGACGCGGCUCAGGAGCGACGAGAGGGCCAGCCCUGAUCGCAGGCAGGAUCGUGCCACGAGCGUCGUAUCCGCGGCGGAGCGUAGCGCGCGACAGGGGGUGGAAGGGAAAGCGGCGCACGCGGGGGAUUGUGCGCGACGUACGGCGAGGAGACGCGAGGACGGAGAGACCUGUCCCACCAGGGGGGAGACCUCCUCCGGGGAAUCGACGCCGCCGACGCCACCGCCGAGGACAGACAGAUUGCCGCGUAUCCCGACGAAUCAGCCAUCCAUCGGCCAGUCCCAACGUACCGCUUCUCAACGUUUUGAGAGACACUUGUCUGCAGCCGACGUCAGGAAGAAUUCCUAUUGCGGUUUGUUGGAUAAUUCAUUCAAUAAAAAACCGCUGAAGCGUUUUUCGUCCUUACCUUCUUUAGUCAAACAGUGGACUUGUAUUCGAUGUCUAUUGGACAAUAAUUGCAGCUUACUGAUUUGCACGGCUUGCGAUGCCAGUGCAUCGAUAGCUCAAAACGACGGAAAGCAGAUUGGCGCACGCAAAAGUAGAAAGAUUAAUCUGCAUAAAGAAAAUCGUCUUAAAAUUACGUCUGGACUAUUGGCCAAUGUCCUACAUGGAGGUGCUAGCAAGAGUGGCUCUAGUAAUGAUGGUAAAAUUAAUAGUACAGGUAUGGCACAGUUGACGAGCAUAAGUCGAAGUGAAAGAGGAAGAGGGCACCAUAAAGACUGGAUCUUGCCGUCGAUUGGAGCCAUGGAGUCUACUACGCUUCCGUUUACAGAUAACAGCGAUACCUCUCAACGUUCCCCAAAACGACAUAGUCCUUCUAUGUACGAGCGAGUCAAGUCUAAAGUCAGUCGGUCGCUGUCGAACGGUUCCGUUGUUCAAAAAUUGCCAGAACACAUGGUACAACGACCUACGAGUCUGGUGGUACCGGAAGCACGCCAGGACGAUGGCUUAUGGAGUUGCGACAAUUGCACACUGGACAAUGCGCCUAGUUUGGAGCAGUGCGAGGCGUGCGAUGCUCCUAGGAGCCCCGCGCCUUGCAGCGGAGUGGUUAUCAGUGUGCCGGCUUGGGUACCGCGCGCGUUAUCGUCCGCCGGACCUCUGUCCUAUCGAAGAUCCUUUUCGGAUGCCGAUUCGGUUGCGAGCGUGACGCAGAAGAAAACUGUUAACCGUAGAAGUUUGAAUGACGAGGAACCACCCGCGGUGCCGCCGCAUUCUAUUGGCUUCAACUCGAGACCAAAGUAUUCCUACAUCGGGAUUACGGAUCCCGACAUACCGCCGCCAUUGCCAAAGAAACAGAGCAGUAAGUUAGGUCUGGUACCGACAAAGGCACACAGUGAGGCGACCAGUCCGGUGGGUGAACUAUCGAAUGUGAGUCCGCUAAAGCGCAUGUGGACCUGCAGAAAGUGUUCUUACGCAUACAAUCCAUUGUGGUCUAGCGGUUGCGACAUUUGCGGUUCAUCCAGAUCACCCCCGUCAUUAACGCAGCCCAGUUUGAUAACUGUCACGAAGGACACGAGUAGUUAUCCGACUCACGUACAAUCUCCGAUAGUAGUAUCAAGGGAUAGCGUCAGGUAUAUACCACCAAAAGCGGCCACUCUGGCUACGGCGGAAUCCGAUCUGGAUGAUCAGAUCGAUCCGCCGUCACCAGUAUGGACGUGCAAAAAGUGCACUCUCUUGAACGCCGCAUCGAGAACGACGUGCGAAGCUUGCUGCGGUUCGAAGCUGAAAAGCAUCAUGCAUCUGGAGGACGCCACUCUACGAAAGGGCGAAAGUUGGGUGUGUCCGUCGUGCACGCUGAGGAAUCCGCUUUCCGCGCAAAACUGCAAUGCCUGUAAAACGUUAGCGGACUUUCUAGAAGUCCCGAAAGACAAUAGGGUCCUUGGCCAGCGGAGUCCAAGCCCAAGGCUCUGUUCAACCCCAACGAAUUCCAGAGCGGUUACUCCAAGGCAUAGAAAUUCCGUAAGAAGGAACGGCUCGUCAGCAGGUGAUAAAAGGCACUCGAGAACUAGAGAUCCUUCACUUACUCAAUGGCAAUGUAAACUGUGCGCAUUCGAGAACAUAAGUGCGACUGUUAUUUGCGAAAUAUGCAAAAGCUCGAAAUCGCUGUCCCAAAUGUCUGCAGAUAGAGGAAUACCUAGGUUUCUCGAGUCGGGCACUAGUACUUUUAGAAUACAGCGACAGGAAAGCGUGUGGCAAUGUAAACUGUGCACAUACGAGAACAAGAGUACGACUGUUAUUUGCGAAAUGUGCCAAAGCUCGAAAUUGCUGUCCCAAAUGUCUGGAGAUAGAGGGAUACCUAGGCUUCUCGAGGCGGGCACUAGUACUCUUAGAAUACAGCGACAGGAAAGCGUGGUAAUGGAAAAUCUUAGACAACUGGAGGAAAGAGACGCGUUAGAGAAAUGGGAGCGCAUUGUGCGAUAUUGCAAAGAGACAAACGAGCCGUUUGUUGAUGAUUCGUUCCCGCCUGCUCCGAAAUCCCUGUACUAUAAUCCUGCGGAUACAAAAGAUAAUCACGUCGUCCAAUGGAGAAGGCCACACCAAAUUAACGUGGACUCAAGUGUUGAUUCUAAACUGCCUUGGGCUGUCUUUAGGACACCCCUACCUUCUGAUAUCUCGCAAGGUGUCUUAGGAAAUUGUUGGCUGCUGUCGGCUCUGGCCGUUCUAGCGGAAAGUGACGAGCUCGUGAGAAGAGUUUUGGUCAUGAAAGAGACAUGCCCCGAAGGUGCUUAUCAAGUUAGACUGUGUAAAGAUGGAAAAUGGACGACAGUGCUCGUUGAUGAUCUAUUACCCUGUGAUAAGAGAGGUCACUUAGUGUACUCUCAGGCAAAAAGAAAACAGCUUUGGGUGCCGCUAAUUGAAAAAGCAGUUGCUAAAAUACAUGGCUGUUACGAGGCCUUAGUAUCCGGCCGUGCUAUAGAAGGUCUAGCGACAUUAACUGGUGCCCCGUGUGAGAGCGUGCCUUUACAACCUUCUGCAUUGCCAAGCGAAGACGAACUCGAUAGGGACCUAAUAUGGGCACAACUCUUGUCCUCGAGGCAGGCUAUGUUUUUAAUGGGUGCUAGUUGCGGAGGCGGUAAUAUGAAGGUUGACGAAGAGGAAUAUCAGCGCAAAGGUUUAAGGCCAAGACACGCAUAUUCUGUCCUCGAUGUACGUGAUGUACAGGGAAUACGAUUAUUACGACUACGCAAUCCUUGGGGUCAUUAUAGUUGGAAAGGGGAUUGGUCGGAUGACAGCCCUAUAUGGACUCCGCAAUUACGAGAGAUGCUUAUGCCACACGGUGCUUCAGACGGUGUCUUCUGGAUAUCCUUCGAUGAUGUUUUAAAGUACUUCGAUUGCAUUGACAUUUGCAAGACGAGAGUUGGAUGGAGCGAAGUGAGAUUGCGCGGUACUCUCCCUCCAUUAUCGUCCCUCAGACAUUUAUCAUGCGUCCUUUUGACAGUAUUAGAACCUACCGAAACGGAAUUUACUCUGUUCCAAGAGGGCCAAAGAAAUUCGGAAAAAUCACAACGUUCUCAACUGGACUUAUGCGUAGUAGUUUUUCGCACAAGAUCUCCGGCCGCUCCAGAAGUUGGUAGAUUAGUAGAACACAGUAAGCGGCAAGUACGCGGCUUUGUCGGUUGUCACAAAAUGUUGGAGAGAGAUUUGUAUAUCGUCGUAUGUUUGGCCUUUAAUCAUUGGCACACUGGAAUGGAAGAUACAUCUAGUUAUCCUGAAUAUGUUCUCGCCAUUCACAGCUCAAAGAGACUUCUCGUCGAGCAGAUAUCACCACCCGCUUUUGUCUUAGCUGAUGCUAUCAUAAGUCUAACAUUGGCUAAAGGACAACGGCAUGAAGGCAGAGAAGGUAUGACUGCUUAUUAUUUAACUAAGGGAUGGGCCGGUUUAGUGGUAAUGGUUGAAAAUCGUCAUGUAAACAAGUGGAUUCAUGUAAAAUGCGACUGCCAUGAAAGCUAUAACGUCGUGUCCACGAGAGGACAACUCAGAACUGCCGAUAGUGUUCCUCCCCUUCAUAGACAAGUCAUCAUAGUUCUAACACAAUUGGAAGGUAGCGGAGGUUUUUCAAUAGCACAUCGACUUACACACAGAUUAGCUAACAGUGGAAAUUUGCACGAUUGGGGACCGCCUGAUAUGCAACAUUGUCCUCAAAUCGAUACUCAGGUAGAAGGUUUGCACAGUCCUCGCUUAAUAACGUGAAGAAAGGAAUACGAAAUGAACGGAGGCCAUUACUCGAGGAAACGGUUGCUGAUUGUAAUCAGCAAUAAUUCUCAUACGCAUGACGUCGAGAAAUUGACUGGAAAGAAACCAAAGCAAGCUAGAAACAUUUCAGCGUACUAUAAAACGUUCUGAAGAACGUUUAUUAGAAUAUUCUUUGUGCUUUCUAGCCGAUGAUACUCCACGGAUGCUCUUAGCGUUACAACAUGCUUUCAGCAUGGACGUAAUACAAUAACAAUUAACGUACAAUUAACGUGUUUUGGACCCAGUGAAAAAAAGUUUUUUUUAAAUAAAUAGUGAAUGCACUUCGCGCGCGCUAACGGGAAAAAGAAACUUAAAAUUUUAAAAAAAGUAAAAUAAAACUCACGUGCAAAUUAAGUGUUUCUGCUGGAACCAUUGAGCCCCAUAAAGAAGACUUAUGAAAAAUUGAAUAUUUAUGAAGAAACGAGUUGAACAUUUUUCUUGUUAAAUAAACGAAAAAAAAUUAUUUUCUCAACUUAACAUUUAAGCAUCGUAAGAGGAAUGACAAAACCUAAAAGAUUACAUAAUAAUAUAAUAUAAAAAUGAAAUCAUUAGGAAAACAUUACAAGGAAAAAAAUGUGUGUGGAACACCGUACACAUUGUUUUUGGAAUUGCUUAGAGUGUAGUACGAUUACGCGGACAUUUCCAAUUUAACCGAUGUGUUUAUAUGCCGAUCCUAUUGCUAAGGCCGUAUUUGAAACUCGCAUUUAAGGAAACUUGAAUUCUUAGUUCAAUUUAACAUAUGCACGAUGUAAAAAGGAAAAAGGCUGGAAUCUCACAUGAAGAUAUCGAUUAUAGGGUAGAAUAAUGUAGCCUUUGUUGUUUCCAUCUCACAACUGGAUGGAGAGCUUGUGCUAAGAUGGAUAUAGCUAUGAAGAGAGAGAGAAAGAGAGAACCAAAGAUCUCUCUUGAAAUUUUUAAAAUAUCUCGACACGUUCACUGCCAUACUGCAAUGUAUGUAUAAUAAAGCCUACUUUUUUGCUUCUCUUGUAAGACCGCUUACUUAGUUGGAGACAGAGAAUUAAAAAAUCGUCGAUACAAUAAUAUUUCUUGUACACUGAUUACAUUCUUUUGUCAGCAAAUAUGUUGAAAAAUACAUGCGCAAGCAUGGCAGUCAGCGGGUUAGACAUCAUUGAUUCUGCUUUUAACUCUUAAAAGGAAAUUUUAGAAUUUUUUUGUCGUUUGUCCAUCCAGUCCAACAUCCAUGGUAUCAGUUCUUCGUGGAAGAUUUGAUAUUUCCGAUAAUGUCAAACUGCCAUAUUCCAUGUUUUUAAUCAAUGAUCGAUUGACACGCGCAACACAUUUUGCAAUGUAACUAAUAUCGAAUCAAAAUAAUUGGCGCUCUCUAUAUACAUUGAAUGUGGUGAUGCGACAAUACGCGGUGCUGUGAUCAGCUUUGAUCUGAACCGAAAAUUCUAUUAAGAGGUCUUUUAUUUAACAGACUGAAAUUAUAUAUUGAAUUAAUAGUACAAAAUUUUCCAUACACUUAAAUUUGUUGAAUCGUUAAAUUUGUUGAAUUGUUCAAAUGAAUGGGCUGUAGUUAUAUAAGUUAUAUUUGGAGAAAUAUUUUUUUUAUGUAAAUUAUAAUGCUACUAUCACUUAAAUUUCAUGAGUAUAGUUCUCGUCAAGUCAAAUUGUUUAGUAAAGACUUUGCAUAUUGAUACACUUUUAUAUCUUUUUCUUUUUAAUUUCAUCUUUCUUACAUCACAAAUCGCAUUCGAUUCAUGCGACUGUCUCCCGCGAAUGAGACAUCCAUUUCCCUAACGUCGAUCUCAUAACAGCAGGCCGAAUUAGCGAGGCCUAAGUGUUAGUAACUAGUUUUAAGAAUUAAACGAAGAGCACAGUUUUGGGAAAUGUCCGUUUGAAUAAUUCGCAUUGACGGGAAUAUACGUCCAAAUAAUCUUUACAGUAAUGCGCUGAAAUAGAGUUCAAUAAAAGUUCGUUAAUAAUCGAGUGUCGAGUCUCUCGUGAUGACUCGCGGCUUAAACGGCUGUUUGUCGAAUAAUUAAUAGCGAAAUUAACAAACAUUUGUCUACGUAAGUCAUUUAAGUCAUUGAGGCACUCGAGAGAUUUAUUCUUUACGUAAUCUUAGAGCAAUAGGUUUUUGCAUUUGAGUGGCCUUUGUUUACAAGAAAAGAUAGUAGUUUCGUAAAUAAAAGAUUACCAGAGUUAUGCGCUUCAAAAAAUUGGGCGAUAAAACAUUCUUUAAAUACUGAUAGUAGCAUGGAUGUGAGAAAAAGAAAUUAAUUUUAAAAAAGGAAAGAGGCGUUCUCUUUCUCGAUGCGAUUUUAACCCUUACAGUAGAAAACAUGAAUAUUUCGUGUCCGACCAAUUUUUAUCUAUGGAAAUUUUUAAAAAUUUCUAAAGUAAUUAAAUUAUACAACAUUUUAGUUUUCUCUGAAAUAAACAGAGUUUUAUUCUAGAAACUCUUGCAAGUAUGUUCCUAUUUUUUUGAAAUUUUUUAACUACUUUAAAUAGGUCGGACACGAGAGUACCCGUGUUUGUAUUACGGAUGUCAUUUUUCCACAUUGUACUAUAAGGGUUAAACGCACACAGGAAAACUAGAGAAUCCUCGAGUUUUUGUAUAUCUAUACAAGCAUGCGAGCUACAUUUAUCCAAGGAUAAUACUACGGGCGGUACCACGCUAAUAUCCAGUGCCAUACGACGUCGAGAACGGCGAGAUAUACCCUGUGUGAACGGACGGCGAGCGUUUCCCGACGAUGACCGUACAUUCGCAAUAUAACGUUGCUAGAGCUAACGUUCUCCCCGCGGAAUAAGCAAACACAAAUGAUCUAUUUUACAUAUUGCAUAAUCACCGAGGCUAAAGCGUUCAGGCGUUCCCGUUUUGCAGUGCUGUCGAGAACCGCGUGUCCGGCGCUGUUUGCCAAAGCGGUGAAUGAAUAUUAAUUUAUCAGCGGUUUCGCAUAGUGUCCGAGGCACGCGUAUUUUAUUUUUACUAUAUGCACUCGUAGGGUAAAUCAAUGUAAUUCCGUGCGAUGCAGGAAAAUCCGCGGGAUCUCGUUGAGAACGUCUGCUGGGAAAUCACGUAUAUAAUAUUCGCGAGAUAUAAAAGAAAUAUCUUGCGCGAGGUAAUGUUUUUAAAUAAAAUAUACUCGCGUAACUAUCGCCACACACGUCUACUGGGUGUACAUAUAUUUUCACUAUAGGGCCCAGGAUAUUUUCAGAUCGCAACUUCAAUUUGCUCUUCGUGAUUGCUGUAUAUUUUAUUGAGAUAUAUUCCUAUAUAUUAUAUAAGAGAGAAAGAUAGGAAGAGCGUUUCAGUAAUUCACACGUUCAAUAACAUUUUAAGAAAAUUGAUAUACUCUGAAUAGAUUCGAGGAAGAUUUAAGAUAUCCUGCAGAUUUUCAUUGUUGCGCGGAAUAAUAUCCAUAAAUUGAAACUACGACGACCGACGUUGCUCUGCAGCUUUCUUGAGAAAAUAGGGAACGCCAGGUUCUAGUUUCGCGAUUUUGAUAUAUUUUGAUACGAUGGAAGUAAGGCAAAGUUCGAUCAUCGCCGUUCUGUCAAACAAUCGCCGCGAAAGAUCUGCACAAGCUAGAAGCGGACAAGAUGUAUUGUACAUUUAAGAAUAACAGCUCGUCGCGCGUUUAGAACUACGUUUUCCUUCAGUUUGCUUGUAUGUACCAAGAUUUAUCAAAAUUUCCUUCUCAGCAUCUCGGUUGCGCGGAAGCAAGGCACAAAAUAGUGGCGCAACUGAGCACUAUCGGCAUAAUUGUUUUUUAAUGCUAAACGCGCGGCGAGAGUGUAGGCCUACGUAAGCACAAACACCCAUAGGAGGGAGUACCAUUUGUACAUAAAAAGGAAUAAUUUAUUCUAUUUAUGGUAGAGAGAGAGAAAAGGACGAGGAAAAGGGAGCUAGCGAGGAAUCGCGUUACCGAUGUAUUACAUUUGAGUUGUUUUGCAUGUGCUUCGGUGUCUCUCACACGCUGCGGUUGCGAGCCGCACGGUGAGUUCGUAAUGCAUUCUAUAUAAAUAAAUAUAUAUAUAUAUAUAAAUAUAUACAUAGCCCAGUUAGAGAGUGAUAUACCAAGAUCGAGAUACGACGAUGACGUGCGAGGCGUAAAUAUCUGUUCGGAUGGUCCCGCGAUCGUCGGCGGCGCGCGAAUCCUCUCAGGCGACGAUUACCGUCUUUUCGGUUGGAAUUUCGCGUUCGCCAAUUAUCACUUAAUUAAGUUUGCUUUAAGCACGGUUUAUUCGCAGCCGCCGCCGUCCCGCGGGAGCCGACGGAUCGCUUUACGGACGGUCGCACGUCCUCGCAGAGUACCUAGGAAUAUAUUCUUAAUAUGUGAAGAAGAUAUAAGAAUUACACGGUGUCUCGUUGUAUUUGUAUAAUAAGGUGUAAAGAGAGAAAGAAAAAAAGAGAAAACAAAUGGAAAAAAAAGAACGGUGUCAUUCUCAUGGUCAUUGAGCGACUCGUACUUCUUUAAACGAUGCUACACGUACAGGGUGCAUUCUAAAUUGCGUUAACGCGGCGUUAACUGCGUAUCCGUAUUUUUGAUCUCGACAUAAUGGAAUUGGUAUCGAUCGACUCUGUGAUUUGGUAAAAAGGAAAGGAAGACGACGUCGAGAAUUUUCAAAGGAUCGAACAUUGCACGAGCCGAAAUGUCUCCGAUUAAAAUUAGGAUCCAUGUGUUCUGAGAGUUUGCUUCGGGGUGUCCUAAAUAAAAUUUGAUAUGUAGUCGACAUCUAAAUUGUGUCGAUAUAUUUUAAUGUCAAGCCGAGCACGAUAGCAUUGAUUUUUCUAGUUCUAGCGUAUCGAUUUUCGCAGUAGAAUUAAAAAUCGAUGUUUGCGCGAGAUAAGCAAGCGAGAACGGAGCGAGAUUGCAAGGAUAAGGGUGGGAAAAGUAUCGUGACGAAUUUAAAUCACGUUUUUUCACGCGUAUGACGGAUUAUUUAUAUCGACGGCGUUUUCCAAGAAGAAACGAUUCAGUGGGGAGUAUCGUAAAAAAUCGGGGAUGGUGACGUACGUGGAGGUAAAAAGAUGCUUUUGGACGUGUUACCUUUUAUGUCGUUCAGCUCGCGGCUGUGAUCAUUUUAGAAACACCCAUGUACGAACCCGAACCAGCAAUCAACUUUGUGAUAGUCUGUGUACUGAAUCUGAUAAACAUCGUUAAAUUAAUCCCAUCUCCUAUAGGGGUAAGGUGUAAUAAUUAUUAGACUCUCAUCACGUACACGCAAAGGACAAAACAUAUUUAUUACAUCAUAAAGUGAUACCGAGAUUGUGUUGUUCCCUGAUUUGUAUCAUGUAGGCACGUUUAAUAAUAAAUCGAAAUAUUAUCUAUA